AUGGAGUGGGAGGAAGGGGACGAAGGUCAGGGAGGGAGAUGGGGAUUUAAUCGACGCUUCAAGGCUGUCAGCAAAGUCCUUGACCAAAUCAUGGAGGUAAUUAUCAAUGAGCAUGAACAAGAAGCUAGCAGAGGGCUUCAAAAUCGGGACAAGGACUUCAUUGACGUAAUGCUAUCAUUGAUGAACAAGUCCACCAACACUCUUGAUCAGGCGAAGAGGCUGUCCUGGGAUGCAUUUGGGGUUAAUCAACAUAAGAUUGGUGGUGGCACAGUUAGUGCAUUGCUUCAACUGGGAGUUACCUAA